GCGUCAUUUAGCGAAGGGAAAACCGGAUUGCUGUGGCGCAUGCCCGCCUUUUGGAACUCUCCCAUCCACAAAACACUCCCUCCACAGCCAACCAGCAGGCGGAUGGGAUGUGGCGCCGCUCUCUCCAAGGACACAUGCCUGCUCGCUUUUCUCACAUGUUGCUUCCCCAUUCGGACGUUUUGUGGGCGGGCAGUGAGGCAGGCACGAGCAGGCACAGAACUCUUCCUUUCCCUUCACCCGACUCUCAUCAAACCACAUACCAACUCCAUCAACCAAACAACCACCAAACAACCACAGCAAUCAUGACUGAUACCGGACGCAAGGGUGUUGGCGACAAGGUGGGCGAUAAGAUGACCCCCGACAGCCAAAAGUCCACCCUGGACAAGGCAAAGGACACCGUCACCGGCGCCGGAGACAAAGCCCAGCGCGACGUCAUCCCUGACAGCCAAAAGUCGACCAGCCAGUCGAUGCAGGACAAGGCAUCGCGCGAGAAGGACUCUUCUCACGGCAGCAGCGGCGGCCACGAGUCGGUGCUCGACAAGGCCAAGGAUGCCGUGGGCAUGAACAAGAACCACUAGCUGUCGCCAUGGCGCAUCUGCCCAUCGUCUCACUCACGUGAUUCACCACGGCGAGAUGAUGGGGCCAAUGGUUCGGUAACGAUGACUAUGAUAUCAAACGGUCUCAUCAACCUCAAUUCAAGCUCGUAGGAGCACGUCACCUGCAUUGCACUGUUUAUUUCUCUUGUCAUUGAAUUUGUUGACCAUGAGUCAUGCCGGGCUGUCGAGUGUUACUUGCAGCAAUCACCACUGCAAACCAUUGCGAAUCUUCAUGUACAUCCAUCGGCA